ACAACAUACGUUUCUUCUCGCAUUGUUAUAUUUUACCGUCAUUUUCUCAAUUUUUCAUUAUUUAUUUUCUCUCUCUCUCUCUCUUCUCUUUCUCUCUCUAGCUCAAGGAGCAGCGGCGGCACCUCCCUCUGCUAUGCGACCCCAACCCUCGUUCACCGGGAGGAGCUGAAUCGCAUCAACCACUCCGAUCUUCUCCACUGCCAUCGUUUUUUCCUUUCAAUUUCGGAUUUGUUUUGGCAUUGAUGUUUGAUGUGUGAAACAUCAGUUUUAAAGCAAAUUCAGUUUCGCUAAAUAUCUGAUGUUGAUGCUACUAUCUGUAUGCAGCUUCUACUUCACUCAAUUCAGUUAGAACAUUUAAAAUGCCUAAGGAGAGAAAAGAUAGGUCUUUGUCGCAUGAGUGUAGCAGAACAUCACCUUAUCCGAGCAGCUCAAGUCGUGUCAGAAGAUCUACAUCUAAAAGUCCUUUAGAGUCAGAUGAAAAUAUAAAAGAAUGGGAAGAAGCUAGGUGUCCAGUCUGCAUGGAGCACCCUCACAAUGCAGUUCUCCUUAUAUGUUCAUCCCAUGAGAAGGGAUGCCGCCCAUACAUGUGCAACACUAGCUAUCGCCACUCAAACUGUCUGGAUCAGUUCUGCAAGUCAUUUGCAGAACCCUCACCACCAACCGUUCCUCAAGUGGAAAGUGAAAUUUCAAACUCGGACUCACCUCAAGAUCAAAGCACUGAAGCAAAUAUCGUCAAUGUGCAAGAAGAAACUAUCGUCGAUGUGCAAGAAGAAACUAUCGUCGAUGUACAAGAAGAAACAAGCGAGGGAUUUGUUACAAUGCAAUCCUUGUCCUGUGAAGACGAGACAAAAUCAAAGCUAGUAUGCCCUCUGUGUAGAGGACAUAUAAAAGAGUGGAAGGUAGUGGAGGGGGCUCGUCAUUUCAUGAAUGAUAAGUCCAGGAGCUGUUCUUGUGAGAGUUGCAACUUCACUGGUACAUAUACAGAUCUCAGAAAGCAUGCAAGAGUUGAACAUCCUCUUGAGCGCCCAUCUGCUGUAGACCCAGAACGUCAGCGUAACUGGAGGAGGUUGGAGCGGCAAAGGGAUCUUGGUGACCUUCUUAGCACACUUCAGAAUUCCUUCGGGGAAAACAGGGUUGAUGAUGGCCUUGGGCUCGCUCCCAUAGAUGAUGGUGGUUUGCUAGCUGUAUUUUUCCUCAUUCUUCAACCUUCAUCUGUAUCUAGAGGUACCACAGGAACUAGACUCCAAAUGAGAAUUAGGAGACCUUCUAGACUCUGGGGGGAAACCUAUGAGGCAGAAUCUGGAUCUGCUGCUAGAGAUGAUACAACAAACGAGUCUUCAGAUGGAGGCUCGGAUAAUAGAAGGCGCCGUGUUAGGAGACGGGUUCAAACACCAGACAGACAGCCAUAACUUGGAAAACCAGAUGUGUCAAUUUGAAUUCUUGAUGAUGUUCCCAGGUAACAGGUGGAACACCAAGAGAACGAGGGGAGUUUUCCGGCUCGGAUAUUCGAAUCUGCUCUAUCAAGUGUGGAACAGUUAUAGCUGAUUGUCAAAGAAUGCGAAGGAUGUUAUUCGUUGAGCAUCCAAUAAUCUGUUUAUUUAACAUUUUUAGCCUUCUUGCAUCUUUGGUGCGAUUUCUCCAGUAUUAUGAACAAUUGAGUUUGCAAAUAAAAUUUACUGUUUGUUUCUUUUCUUC